CAUCAACUAAGAUCUCAAAAACCACACUCUCUGCAACUUCAACACCAAAAUCCCCAAAUCUCUUCGUUCUCUCAAAACCCUCGCGCACAAUCUACCUGUAUCCCUAUCACCAUGGACACAGAUGGGUUAUCCCAAAUCUGCAGCGGCCUCGGAGCCAUCGAAGAAGACGACGAGGGAAACCGAAUCGGUUACUCCAAAGGCGAAUACUGUCUCGAUAACCUAAAAGACUUGCUAAGGUUUUUGAGACGUGAUGAUCCGCAAACACGUGAUGUGUUCAAGCAAGUGUGCAAAUGGAAUAUAGUUUCUAAGGAUUUGGUACCGAUUAUCGAGCAUUACCACGAAGAUCGUAGCAUGCUUCUGAAUGCAGUGAAGGUUUUGGUGUUCCUUACAAUGCCAAUUGAGCCUGGUUCCACCGAUGUAUCUCAGCAGUUGGAGUAUUUAUGGGAUUUGAAGUCUGCAGUGACUAACAGUGACGUUGCUACAGUGAUAGUGUCCAUUUUGGAAAAACCACUUGAGAAUUUGGAACUUAAUAAAUUCACGGAGGAUGAUUGGAAAUUGGUACAGCUGGUGUUUACAUUAUUUAGAAAUAUACUUGCUGUUCAAGAAAUCCCAUUGCAUCAGAAAUCAGCAGGAUUUGCUAGUCAUUUUUUAUCAUUGAGAGAUAGAUUUCUGGAACUUUUGUUUCGGGAGAAUGUGAUGGAUAUAAUCUUGGUUGUAUCUCAAAACGUCGGCAGUUCUAAUGUUUAUAUCCGUCAGGAUAAUUUGCUUCUAUUGGAAAUAUUCCAUUACAUUUUUAUGGGUCAGGAGCCAGAGUUGAUUGUCCGGGGCCAUUCGAAUGGAUUGAAGGUUGAAGAAGACUCCCAAGCUUCUCUUGAUAGUCUCCAGUCCAUCAUGGAGGAAGAAAAGAAGAAAAGAAUUAUUAAUAGGCUUGGCAAUAUAAGCCGGCAUUCACAAUUCAGUGGAACAUUUGCACGGGUUACCAUGGAUGGUUCUAAAGCCGUGUUUAAGGGGAAUCCUAAUUCUUCCCGUAAUAUACAUCUUAAAUCACAAAAUGUUAUUCGAGGUCGAGCCAAAAAAAUUGCGUGGGAUCAUCCAAGGUUGCCUUCAACAAAGGACAAGAUCUUGGAGAUGCUUAAAGGAUUUGUAAAUCAGUUUCUUUCUGGGGGAUACAACGUUUUGAUGCGAUCGGUCCGUGAAGAUAUUGUCAAGGAACAUCCUGCAAUUCAGAAAAAUGACAUCAUUGUUUUCUUUCAAGUGGCUGACUUUAUCUCUUCAUUUCAGUUUUACAAGUAUUCAACUUCAAAGACAGAGGAAGAAAAGGACAUAUUUGGUGAUAAUGAUGCUGAAGCUUCAGAUUUCAAUGGUAAAAUAUGUGGCCCAAUUGAGGCAUCGUUGAAUGAGUCAAUGUUCCAACUAGUUAUUUCACAGUGGCGGCAGGCCUAUGAUGGUCUAAAGCAGACCAAUGACUACAAGUUUCUAUCUGCAGCUGGUUCUCUUUUGAAAAACAUGAUUCGCAUGCUGGAUUUAGUACUUAACUCGUUGCCAGAUGAUUCUAAGGAGCCGCAAACAGCCCGCAUUCUUCUGUAUAAGUUAUUUUAUGAUCAGACUGAAGAAGGGAUGACUCAAUUCCUCUUGAAUUUGAUCAAAACGUUUGACACACACAAACAAUGCAAAAGUGAUCUUGCAGAUUUGGUUGAAAUCAUUUGCAAAGUUGUGAAGCUAAUGGAUUAUCUUCAGUCUCGAGGAACAUUGAGGGUGUCAAAAAAAGCUAGGAAAUUGAAAAAGAAAACUUCCAAUGGAACAGAAUCAGGGAGUAAACCAACUGGAGACCAUUCUUGUGUUAAAAAAGAAGCUGGCAUUUCUAUUGACAAUCCAUUAGGUGAAAAUCAUUUGCUACAGAAGGAAUCCCUACCGAAUGUAAUCUCCAGUGACCAGGAGGGCAUCCCUGACGAUAAUGAACAUGAAAGUCUCGAGAAAGAUGUGAACUCUCAAGUUCGCUUGGAAUCAAUGGAAAACACACAUCUUGAUGGUAAAGAGCAUGAAAAUGUCAAGGGAGAUGCGAACUCCCAAGUUCGUUUGAAAUCAAUGGAAAACACACAUCGUGAUGAUAAUGAACAUGAAAAUGUCAAGGGAGAUGUGAACUCCCAAGUUCGUUUGGAAUCAAUGGAAAACACACAUCUUGAUGAUAAUGAACAUGAAAAUGUCAAGGGAGAUGUAAACUCCCAAGUUCGUUUGGAAUCAAUGGAAAACACACAUCUUGAUAAUGAACACGAUAAUGUCAAGGGAGAUGUGAACUUCCAAGUUGGUUUGGAAUCUGUGAAAAAGACAAAUCUUGAUGAUAAUGAACACAACAAUGUUGAGGAAGAUGUGAACUCCCAAGUUGGUUUAGAACCAGUAGAAAACACAAAUCUUGAACAUCUUAAUGAGGAUAUGUUGGAUGACACUGGUGACUUUUCUGAAGAUGAGCAAUUAAAUACAAUUAGUGAAGUUGAUUUCAAUGUUUCAACACUUGUCUCCGCUUUUGCAAAUCACAGUAUCAUUCAGAAAUUAUGUUGGUUGCUCAAGUUUUAUAAAAGCAAUUCCCUUGCUAUAAAUCAUUACAUAAUAAGCAUGUUGCGGAGAAUUAGUGAUGAGCUUGAACUCCAUCCCAUGCUCUACCAGUUGUCGCUGCUCACAAUUUUCUACGAUAUUCUUGCUGAACAAAAGUCAUGCCCCUGCAAGGAAUAUGCAAGUAUUGUUGAUUUUCUGAAUAGUUUGGUCAGAAAGAUGCUAAAGAAAAUGAAAAGGCAGCCCCUCCUAUUUGUUGAAAUUCUUUUUUGGAAGACUCGAAGGGAAUGCCAUUACAUCAAUGCAGAAUAUAUGAUGGAUGAACUUAACCAUUUGAGAAAAGAAAGUAAAAAGUGGAAUGAUAAUCAAGGAGAUGGAGAAAUUGGUUCCUCCCCAGUGAAGGCACGGACUCAUAGAAGCAUUGCUGAUGCACUUGGUGAUGAUGAAGCUGAUGUCGUGAUCUCUCAUGACUCAAGAUAUCAAAACAAUGGCGAAAAUCUUGAUGAUGUUGAAGGCUUUGCUUCUACCUCGGGAAGCAAGAAUGGCAGAGACGUUAACAAUGGGGAGCCAUGGCUGGAAGAUGAAUCUCAAACAGCUCCCAGAAGAAAGAAAAAACUUGUUCUAGAUGCUGAAUUAGAGAUGCAAAUUAAGAAUCUCUAUGAGAAAUUCAAAGAUGACCGAAAUUGCAGUCGACUUAUUGCUGAAGAGCUAGAUCCAGAUGGUAAAAUUUCUCCAGCUCAAAUAUCCAAUAAAUUGAAAAAACUAGGGCUAACAAUUGCAUCAAGGAAAAAGAAGGGCGAUGCUAAUGAGACUCUCUCAACAAGCCCUUUAGAAGGUGCCGGAGUAGCCGGAGUUGUGAAUUUAGAGGGAAGCCUGUUGGUUCAGCAUCGGCAGAAAAGAAAAAGAGUCAGUGCUUUCAAUGAAGAUCAGGAAGCCCUUAUCAAAGUUCUAUUUGAGCAAUUCAAGGACCAUAGAAGAUGUAGCUAUAUGAUAGCCAAUGCACUGGAUGUUGAUGGUAAAUUCACACCUGCCCAAGUCUCUCGAAAACUUACGCAACUUGGCUUAUAUGUUCCGCAAAAGAAUUCUAGAGGAAAUAUCCACCAAAAGAGGGAGGAUCUUAUGGAUUAUUCUAAGGAUGGAAUGGAUGAAUCUGAUGAUGAGACAUUGGUAUCAUUGAUAGAAAGAAAAAAAGUGAAGAAUGGAAAAAAAUCAAGCAAACCAUUACAUGAACAGACCAACGAUGAUAAGCUGUCAAAAGAUGAUUCUGAUGAUGAAAUACUUGGCUCCAUCCUCAAGAAAAAAGGGAAGAAAAGAAAAGAAUCAAGCAAACAGGUCCAUGAACAUUCUGGUGAGGAUAAAUUGUCAAAAGAUGAUUCUGAUGAUGAAAUACUCGGCUCUAUCCUCAAGAAAAAAAAGAAUAGAUCUGUAUCUGGUGAACAUUUACAUAAAAACACCAAUGUGGGUGAAUUGUCUAGAUAUGAUUCUGAAGAUGAAAUUCUUCAAUCUGCGCUGAAGAAAAAAAAGAAUGGAUCUGUAUCUGGUGAACUAUUACAUGAAAACACCAAUGAGGGUGAAUUGUCUAGAUACGAUUCCGAAGAUGAGAUUCUUCAAUCUGCACUGAAGAAAAAAAAGAAUAGAUCUGUAUCUGGUGAACUAUUACAUGAAAACACCAAUGAAGGUGAAUUGUCUAGAUACGAUUCCGAAGAUGAGAUUCUUCAAUCUGCACUGAAGAAAAAAAAGAAUAGAUCUGUAUCUGGUGAACAUUUACAUGAAAACACCAAUGAGGGUGAAUUGUCUAGAUACGAUUCUGAAGAUGAAAUUCUUCAAUCUGCACUGAAUGAAAAUCAAGUAGGUUUUAAGAAUUCCCAAGUAGAAAAUAAGCAAGUGGAUCCUGACUUGGAAGAUUCAGAGGAUGAUGUGGCUGUUAAUGUACUUCCUGACAAUGCUGUAUCAAGAAGGAAGCUGAGAAUGGUGAUGGAUCUUGAGGAUGAUGAGUGAUGUGAAAGUAUGGUUAGGAUGCUGGUUGAUUCCUUUAUACUUGACUGUUUGCUUUCAACUUGUACAAAUAUUAUGUGUACUAUUGAACUGAUUAUGGAAGAUUUUAUCCUCGUGUAUACUGUAUAGUUGGUUUUGUUGUAAUUUCUCAAACAGAGCAACAUCCAUAUAUAAGUUAUUCUCCUAUUUAUUUUCAA